AGUACGAGUUCUAUAAAAUAUAAACACCUCCACCGUUUGGAUCAAAAAAAAAAAAAAAAUACCUCCACCGUUUGUUUAGUAACGGAGUUGCAAUAUAUCCGUAAAGAAGACAGUACGAAUCUGAUUUAUAAAUACCUUUCAUCGUCUUCUUCAACCACUUUUGCUCUCUAGCUAUUAUACAGUUCGCAUCAAAUCAAAAUUACAGUUACAGAUUCUCCGCUAAGAGUGUGAAGACGGUGUUGAGAUCACACAACGAUGGAGGUAUUUGGAAAAUCUUCAGCCAACGUUAUUUACUUGUCUGCGAUACUGGGGCGUCGUGACGGACCCGACCCGAGUCACAAAUGUGACUACAAAUGCGAGAACGAGAACGUUUGUGGGAACAUGUACCGUUGCAAGCUAACCGGGUUAACCCACGUCUGUGACAAGAACUGCAACCAAAGGAUCCUUUAUGAUAACCAUACCUCUUUGUGCCGAGCUAGUGGCCGGAUGUUCCCGCUCUCCUCGGCUGAGGAACAGGCGGUUAGAGGUGUCCGUAGGAAGCUUGAUGAUGAGAGUCAGCCCUCUGAGAGCUGCGUUAAGCGUCGUCGGCGUGAUGCUCAGUUUCAUUCUUCUCCUUUCGAGAGGUCUUUCGGUGUUGUUAGCCCGAUCUGCAGCCGAUCUGGGGAUGGAAUGGAUAUGAACUAGAAGAGGCUUUUCUUUUAUCUGCUCACCUACAAUAAUAUAUAACACUGCUCCCUGUCUGAUGAAGCAUUUUAUCUUAGUGUUGUUGAACUUUAUGUAGUAGUUAUAACUUAGGAGAGACUUUGUGAUUCUGCUUCUCUGUUCUGGACUUUCUUCUUUUAAUAUAACUAGGUGAAGUAGAAUAAUAACCCACUUGUUUCACCUUCUGCUACUGCUUCUUUGUCCUUGUCUUUGUAUACAGGGUAGAGGCAGCCUUUCUUUGGUUGUGUAUCUUGUUUUGGUUUGUUCUUAACCGUUACAAGAUAGCAUUGGUGAUUCCUGAUACGACAGGUUCUUCAAGAUGAAGAAUCCUUUUGGUUUGUCAUCCUGCAGAAUAUUCUUUUGUCCUUUUGAUGGAGACAUGAUUGAUUACAACCUAUACUUUGUUUAAGAUCAAGUUUCUUCUUUUACAUGAUUGAUGAGCCCUACAAGUCCUGAAUUCUUUUAUGUGUGUGCAGGUUUCAUAGUGUUGUCAUGCAGGACAGCUAAAUUGUCAUCACUCUCUUUACAAUGAAUCAAUUAUUUUGACUGAUAUGUUUCUCAAAUUUCAAGUGUUUUGAGGGGUAAGUCUUAACAAUUGGAAGCUUCCUUGUAGGUACAUUUAUGAUCUCAACAGGCAACUAGGGGGAGAGGAAGGACGGGUAUAGAAGAAAGAUAAUACAUUAGCUAAUGACAUAGACUACAUGGUAAUUUUGCAUUGGAUAAACUGUGGCAAAUGUCAAAUUAUUUUCUUUGGUUUGUUUAUGCUGCAAGUUUUUUUUGGCCUCUGUAUCACCCAGUCAUUUUUUUUUUCAUUCUCUCUUCAUGUGUCUGAGGAUCUGUUUUUUUUUCCAACAUCUCCCAAACUUUAGUUUUUUGAUUAAGACAACAAGUAUUGACAUCUUACAUCAACGGAUUUGGACAUUUUACAUCUUACAUCUUACAUCUUGGCGAGAGAACGAGGUCCUGGUAUGUACAAUUACUGGUUCUUCAUUUAUUAUAUUAUACUGAAGGUUUCAUACUCUUUAGAAUUUGAAUUUAAUGUUCUUAGUAGGCCUGGGCAAAAUAACCGGAAUCGAAGAACCGAACCGGAACCGAACCGAAAUACCAAGAAACCGGAACCGGACCAAUACUCUCAAAUACCCGAACGGUUCUUAUAUUUUUAUAUUCGAAAUAACCGAACGGAUACCCGAAUAUAUAAAAAUAUUAAUUAUAUAUACAUAUAACAUAACUAAAUAUAUACUUUUAAUUUAAAAUUCUAGUAAAAGUAUCUGAAAAUAGUUGAAGAUAACUAAAUUAUUAUAAAGUAUCCGAACUACCCGAAAGUAUUUGAAACUAUUCGGAUAGUUUUAUCCGAAAUAUCUGAAAUUUUUAUCUAAAUUAUCUUAAUUAUUUGAUAUUUUACCCUAAAUAACCGAUAUUAAAUAGGUCAAGUACUAAAUGGAUAUUUUAACCCCUAUCCGAACUACCCGAAAUAUCUGAACCGAACCGAUACCCGAAAUGCCCAGGCCUAGUUCUUAGUAGUUGAAUACAUAAAACUUUAGUUUUGGUUAUAAUAUCAUUCCUUCAGACUAGUAAAAUAGGCCAAAGGUCAACAUUUUUUAAUUCUAUCACUAGUUGUUUUCAUUGAUAGCCUGAUAAAAAAAGAUUACAUAUAGCCAUGUUAUAUAGCUAUACUAGGGGUAUUCCGGCGCUAGGGUUCGCACUUGUACUCUCAUUUGCUGUGGCUACUCUCUUGGUGAUUAGUCUCUCCAUCCUCAAAGCCCUCGCUGUCCUUUUGUUAACUGAAACUCAUGUUAACAUAGUGAAGUAAGUUACGGUGUCAUGUUAUAGAUCAUGGAUGAUCUGAUUGGUUAGUACCUCGUUCUAAGUCAGCAACAUUAAUGUCCUCAACUUGAACAGGAAGGAUAGUGUCUGGGUUGUAUUGUAUGUCUUGCUGGGGGCUUUGCAACUUCUUCUUGCGUGGAUGCUUCUUCGUUGCUGACGGGCAAGCCUCCCAUUAGUUUAUGUGAAUGUUAUUCAAACCGGAAAAAAAUAAGUUCCAAAACAGUAGUUCUAACUUGUUAAAUAAUUCUCAGCAUUAGGUGUGUUCGACCAUUAAGACGAUCUAAUUCUGAUAUUACUCCGAGCAAGGUGGCUGGUGUUAGGGGAAGAUAACACUCUCUUAACCAGGGGUGGCGUCGAUCAGAUACUGGAGAAACAGAGAGCAAAUGACAUGAUGAAGUUGAAAAUUAUAAAUCUGUGUGAAAUAUUGUCGGGUUAGGACUUACUUUUUUUCUUUUUCCGGCUUCUUUUUGGUGCAGAUGAUGAUGAUGGUGUGGAUAGUACAGGACCACUAUGUCUUCUCUGGGAUCUCGCUGAAGGUGCUUUUCAUGUCACUGCUACUGGUGUCUUCACCAUGACUUCUUGCAAUCUUGAUGGUAGAGAAAUCAAUGAUGGAGAGUCUGAAUCAAAAAUGCGUGAAAGUAUGCAAGGGUUUGUUAGUAACGGAAUGCUGAAUGCAUUCCAUACACUAUGUGCUUUUAGUAUUUUGUUGUGGGAGUCGUACAGACUCUCUGCAACUGUUACUGGUUUAUUAAAGCUAGGAGGAGAUAAGUAUGUAAAAUCUUGGAUAGUAUCUACUGUUUCAGAACUUAGUGCAAAUGGCAUUAGGACUUAUAACAUGUAGUAAAGUGUCGCUUAUAAAGGUUUAUAGAAGUUAGCAUCUUGGGUUUU